GCCUAUGGCUAGCUAGAAGUUGGGUUUUUGGCUUCGUUGGAACGGGAAAAUCCAUGUCGAAAACCCCACGAUUGAAUGCUUCCUCGAUUUGACGUGCGGCGUUCUCUAGUACUAGUACCGUACGGCUGGCGAAUAAUUGGUGGAUAGGCAGCUUGCAGAUAAGCAACGUGUCUCCAAAAGAGUAACGAGUGUAGUCUAGUCAAGUCUUUCGGAAAACAGUUUCAAUAAUGCAAGCGGAGCAGAGGACGGUCUCGUGUGUGUUUGCAAGUUCCGAGUCGAGUGACAGUCAGCGAUUCGAUUCUUCCAAAUUUUCUUUCUCUCGAUCGUCAACCCACUUUCAAGCAACACGGCAUGGUCCUACAUGUAUAGCUAGCUAGCUAGUUACUGUUAUUGUUGGUUCCGAACGGAUAUCUCCGAGUCGAGUGUUCUAUCCAUGGUUCCCCAUUGCCUUGGUCUUUGGUUGCCAAGCCGUGCACGGUUGUCCUGCACGAGUUGUUCGAUCAGUACCGUAUUAGUUCACAGAGCUGUUCUUACACUCCUCCGAACCUCUCUCAUCACUGCACUCGGAAGCAUCUUUCAAGCAUGUUGCUGAUUGGAUUCCCGAGUGGCUGAUUGCUGUGGUUUGGCGACAGACAUGUGUGACAAACAUUGCGUCGGAGCGGUAUUGAUAGCAUAAGCCUUUCGUGCGCGGAACCGGUCAAACGCGAAUUUGUUUUAUUUACAAGACUUGCGUUGAGGAAGGCGGGCCUUGUGUGGCAACAGUUUGAGAAGGCGCCAUUCGAUUUGAUUUGACUUGUGAUGGCGUGGGCCUCUCCGCAAUCACACACAACAAAAGUCAACUCAACUCUUCACACACGACAAAACAGCAAACAGCAAACAGCAAACAGGUGCUUGUAUUAGUCUAAUAGUGUGAGUACAUGUACCAGUACUGACAAAACCACAAGAUUUGCAGACACGACCAUGAGUAUGAGCACCAAUUGAUCCUUCCUUCAUCACUUCAUCAAGUACAACACACUACACAUACUACUAGUAGCUAGGAGGAGAAGAUGAUGGAGCAAGCGUUCGAUUCGAGUGAUUCGACUUUGGAUCCUCUGUACGUCCACAAUGACAAUGACAUGAUUGACUCCCAUCAAGACCAUUCUGACAGCUUUAGCUAUACUAGUAUAGUUGACAAUGACAAUGGUGAAGAUCCAUCAGCAAGUGUGACUGAAGAAGCAGCAGCUUCACUAGAAGGAGUUCUCUACUGGAGAAAGGGAAGGAAGAGCAACCAUCACAGUGGUACAAGUUCUACUUCUACUAGCAACAAAGCUGGAUCUUUCUUCUUUUGGCAAAGACGCUAUGUGGUCUUGGACUUGAAUCAAGAGACUAUGGCUGCUUACUCCAUUCAUACCAACACCAACAACAACACCAAGCAGAAGAAGAGAUCUCCUUCCAAACUACACAGAAACAGAUCCAUGUACAAAAACUCAAUCAACUCAAACCAAUCAAAAGAGAAAAACCAACUAGAAAAGGAGCAAGAACAAGUCCUGGCUUACAAUUGGUUCAUUCCAUCUUCUGCUCAAUGGCAUGUCAAGGAUGUGGCAAAUGACUCUUCUACUUUUGUGCUGGAAAUCAUGUCACCAACACACAAAGAUACUAGUACAUGUAGUCUACAAGAAGGAGAAAGAGAUGAAGAGAGCUCCACAUCCAUGAUCAGUACCAGCAGUAACAACAGUCUCAACCAAAACAAUCAAAAUCAAAAUCACAACCAAGACAACGCCAAUCACAACAACAACACACCCUCACUGCGAUUCUACUUCAAGUGCCGACAUGGAGCCAAUGAAAAACUACUCUGGCUCAAGGCGUUUGCUAAAAUCAACAGGCUCUCGCUACAACCAAGAAUCAAGAAACCGAUCAUUCUAAGACAUUCGCCAUGGAAGUCUCCCACAUUUGCUACUAACAAGAGUCGCACUAGGACAUCUUCCUCGGCGGCUUUUAGAAGACAGUCCUUACAGCUAGAUCAGCAACAACAAACCAUACAACCACCACGCCCAAACAAUAAUACACACACGACAAUAAACAGCAACAGCAAAGAAACAAAACGACAAAAGGAGUAUCGCGUCAUUCCACAACGGUCCUAUCCAAACGUAUGGAUGACACAACAAGAACUAAACCAAGAAAUGGAAAAACCAUCACUUACGUUCCAUGACCUACAACACAAUCCCUGUCGUCUGGACUUGCCCAAGAAUCCAUCCAAACAACCAAUCAUUGGAACCAUACACAUGGAAGUACUGCAGGGAAUCGCUUUGCCAAAACUCAAGACCGACGCUGUCGUGUACGUUGUCAGUGGGCCUUAUGCCUUUUGCACAGAAGUCAUCAAGGAUAAACAGUCACCCAUUUGGCCCGCGAACAGUCAACGUGCUUGUUCCAUUCCACUACAUCACGCAUACGCUAGAGUCUUUAUUGGAGUUUUUGACGAUGACAACAAGAAAAACAAGGACGACUUUCACGGACGAGUUGUACUAGAUGUCGCACGGAUACGACCCAAUUCCACAUACGAUGUCACGUUGCCACUCAGAUUGUCCGCACACGUUUAUUCCAAACGACAACGAGGAGCCAUUCGACUGCGAUUUCGACUCGAAUGGACGUCUGUACGAGCCGCUCUUCUCUCUUAUCUACCCGACAAAAAACUGCCAAAGCCACGAAACCUCAAAGAAUUCAAACCCAACACGGACACGGUCGUCACCUGUGGAUCGGCAAGGGCGUUUCGAAAUGUCGCCAUUACCGUUCAUGGAGCACAUUUGCCAGGACGAUUUUCCUUUCAACAGCUCCGAGCAACCAUACGAGAAAUCAACUUUACUCGAAGGAAUGUCAUGGAGAUUGUCCGAAACACCAUUGCCGAAGUCAGAGACUGGAAGAAUCCACUCAUUUCCGCAUUUUGCUUCUUGGCAUGGAUGCAUUGCGUUUACCAAAAUGCAUUCUCGCUGGUGCCCGCAUACGUCGUCCUAUACUUUUGUAUCCUCAUGGUGCGAAACUAUGCUAGAUAUGGAAUGGAUGGACCGGCGCAACGAGGGUUCAUUCCGCCGUCUUGGGAAGAACUGCUUGCUGGACUCGUCCUGCCGCAAUAUUACGACCAAGCAAUCCACCCGCUCGAGAUGCGUUUGACGUCUACCUCGGCGGCACAGCAGCACCCUACAGCUAAUGGUGAAACAAAUAACGGCAACAAUGACGAUGGAGUGGUGCAGCGUGUUCAAAUUGACACGCAUCAACCAAGAGGCAAACCAUUGUUCCAGGCAAUGGGAUUCCUGGAUCAGCCAGAACCCAGUGAUGCCCUGCAGCAGCAGCAACAAAAGCAGCAGGAAGAAGGGCCCAACUACCAUCUGGAGUUCCCGUAUGCCGACGGAAGAGUCUAUCCUCGGUUUGACGUCGAAGAUUCAUUGGCUACGAGCCAGAAACGGCGACGAAAAAACAACAAUAAGGCCAGCAACAGGAACAGUCCCGUCAGGAGCCGCGGCCAGCGACUCAAGCUACGUGUUUCCAAGAUUUUGCGCAAAGACACGUCCGGUAUGAACGAUUACGACGACGAAGAACAACGGUUCGCCACGGCAAAGUUCAUUCGUCAGACUGGUGCCACACAAUUGAUGGAAGCCGCUUCGGGGUUGAUGGAAGUCGGAGAGACGUUGGGGGAAGCCACCGGGUUGCAAUAUGUCGUCUCUCCCGUUGUCAAGGGAGGUCACUCUGCGAUCAAGGAAGGGCUGCAUUAUGUCGUUCCUCCCAUCAAGAGCGGAAUCAAGACCGGGCACAGUGCGAUUGAGACUAGUAUUCGUGGAUUGAACAAUCACCUGGUGUCUCCCUUGGUGGUUUCGCCACUUCACCACACGGUCGAUUUGGUGCGACGGACAUCCAACGAGCUUUUUCCACUCAGCCACCAGCAGAACAUUGCUCCUGAUGACGACGGAAGAGAAGAAGAAGAAGACGGCGACGACGACGACUACGAGCUGGAUGAUUCGAGGCUGCUGGACGAGCUGGAUGAAAGGUCGGCACUGCACUACCCGUAUCGACAAAGACACGAAUCCGAAUUACUUGUCGGGGACCAUGGGUUGAUGUCGUCGAUAGCAGAGAUGGAUGUGGAGAGCGACUACGAUGGUGAAGAGGGAGGUGCUGUCAUCGAAGGAGGUGAACACGGCGCAGCUGGCGCUUCAGCUCUGCGGUCCGACGAUAGUGACGACAGCACUUCUCCGAGACGGAUGCAACCAGAUCAAGAUAUUGACUACGGUGGGCAGGCAAGCAACCCCAAGGACAAGAAUCGGAAGCGUUUGACAGAUGAUUUGCAAGAUGUCAAGGACCAAAUGCAUCAAUUCACCUUUCAAAAGUUCAACGACCGUGCUUACAUCAUCCGAGACUCGGAUUCGGUUUACUUUGGUCAAUCAGCAAAUGCCACCAGACGACGAAAAGGUCAAGUGAAGAAAGAUCUGAACAAGCUGCUGCAGAUCGGUCAGUAUUCGCACGUGAACCCCGUUGUGGGACGCGUGGGUCAGUACGUCGAGCCUAUUGUUGGGGCAUCACACAGCUUUUUGAGUGCCUUUCGUGCCUUGUUCAAUGUGAUGACUUGGCGAGAUCCCUUUCUGUCGUUUUGGAUUUCACUAUUGGGAUUUGCGCUGGUGGCGUUGCUGUUUGUCUUUCCCUGGAGGUGGUUCCUCUUCGUGUUGGGCUUGUGGUUUGUGGGACCCCAGAAUUUGGUCUACCGUGUGCUUCGGCAAAAGGGCAUUUUACCACCAAAGAAACCCCGUGCUCGACCCAACCGCGAGCCGGAAGAAAUGCCAGUGCCGAUGGACCAAGCAGUGUUUCAGGGCCACAUCUCGCAAGACCAGAAACGCAAACCUCACAAGCCAGUGGAUCCUCAGGAGGUCCAGUAUGUUGUGGUGCCCUACUCUCCUCUGAUGUACCAGCGCUUUUACGAUUGGCCGCCAGAGCAAGAGUAUUCCCAGGUAUACUCCCAAAAUCAUGUUCAUCCGGACUUCGGUGCAACAGCUGCUGCUGUACCGAAUUCAUUGGCUUCGAACGACUACUUUUCAUCAUCUGUUGCCGAGGGAAAAAAGACUCGUUGAGCAGGAUGACAAACCAUUUGCAACUACGCCGCUUUUUGAGGCUGGGUGACCUCAUAGUUGCGUUGGUCAUAGAUAGCCAAGACACAUCGCAGCUGCUAAGAAUAAAUAGAAAAUGCUAUCUCGCUGCGAUGCACCUGAUGAUCUCCACUCCCUGCGUGAUUGUCUCUGGACUCUGGUCUUACCCGUAGUGAAGUGA